GCGAGCGGCUACCGGAAGGGAGGGAGGGAGGCAGGCACGGAGGACAGAGCUCUCCGCGCGCGGUUUCUCAGCGGGCGGGCGUUGUGCGGCGGCAGCGGCCGAGGCCUCCGGCGAGAGAGCGGCGGUUGCAAGCUCGCGGGACGCCCUCGGCAGACCCUUCCCUGCGCCUGGACGCCGCUCGCGAGGCGGGAGCCGGGCCAUGUCGCGCAGGCGGCACAGCGACGAGAACGAUGGAGGGCAGCCACACAAGAGGAGGAGAACAUCUGAGCCAUCUGAAAUUGAAGAGAGGCUGGAAUCCUUAAUAUGCAGAGUGGGAGAAAAGAGUACUUCUUCUUUGGAGAGUAACUUGGAAGGCCUGGCUGGGGUCUUGGAGGCAGAUUUACCAAACUACAAAAGCAAGAUACUAAGAAUCCUUUGUACAGUUGCACGUUUGUUACCCAUAAAGCUGACGGUUUACACGACUCUAGUCGGCCUGCUGAAUGCAAGGAACUACAAUUUUGGCGGAGAGUUUGUAGAAGCCAUGAUACGUCAACUCAAAGAGUGUUUCAAGGUCAACAUGUAUAAUGAAGCUGUGGUUUUAGUCCGUUUUCUGUCUGAUCUUGUGAAUUGUCAUGUAAUAGCUGCCCCAUCAAUGGUAGCCAUGUUUGAAAAUUUCGUUGCUGUGACUCAGGAGGAGGAUGUACCUCAGGUACGCUGUGACUGGUAUGUGUAUGCUUUUCUCUCAUCCUUACCUUGGGUGGGGAAGGAGUUGUAUGAGAAGAAGGAUGCUGAGAUGGACCGCAUCUUGUCCCAGGUUGAAAACUACCUGAAACGGCGUCAAAAGAUUCACGUACCAAUGCUACAAGUUUGGUCUGCUGAUAAACCACAUCCUCAAGAAGAGUACUUGGAUUGCCUGUGGGCUCAGGUUCAGAAGCUGAAGAAAGACCGCUGGCAAGAAAGGCACAUCCCAAGGCCAUACCUUGCUUUUGACAAUGUGCUCUGCGAGGCACUACAGCACAAUCUGCCUCCUUUCACUCCGCCACCUCACACCGAAGACUCCGUUUACCCGAUGCCAAGAGUUAUCUUCAGAAUGUUUGACUACACUGAUGAUCCCGAGGGUCCUGUUAUGCCUGGCAGUCAUUCCGCUGAAAGAUUUGUGAUAGAGGAAAAUCUUCACUGCAUUAUUAAGUCACACUGGAAAGAAAGGAAGACAUGUGCUGCUCAGUUACUGAGCUACCCAGGGAAUAACAAGAUCCCCCUGAACUACCACAUAGUUGAGGUAAUCUUUGCUGAGCUGUUUCAGCUUCCUAUUCCACCACACACUGAGGUCAUGUACACAACACUCCUUAUUGAACUUUGCAAACUUCAGCCUGGCUCCUUACCCCAAGUUCUUGCGCAAGCCACAGAAAUGCUGUACAUGCGCUUGGAUACAAUGAACACUACUUGCAUAGACAGGUUCAUUAAUUGGUUUUCCCACCAUUUGAAUAAUUUUCAAUUCCUUUGGACCUGGGAAGACUGGUCAGAUUGUCUUUCUGAGGACCUUGACAAACCCAGACCUAAAUUCAUAAGAGAAGUUUUGGAAAAAUGUAUGAGGCUUUCCUACCACCAACGAAUAGUGGAUAUUGUUCCUGCUACUUUUUCAGUCCUAACUCCUGCUAAUCCAGCAUGUAUUUAUAAAUACGGAGAUGAAAGCAACAAGUCUCUUCCAGGAUACAACGUUGCGCUCUGCUUAAACAUCGCCAUUAAAAACAAAGCAAGAAACGAUGAGAUUUUGACUAUUUUGAAGGAUGUGCCCAACCCAAAUCAGGAUGAUGAUGAUGAUGAAGGCUUCUCUUUUAAUCCUUUAAAAAUAGAGGUGUUUGUGCAGACACUGCUGCAUUUGGCUGCAAAGUCAUUCAGUCACUCCUUCAGUGCUCUGGGAAGAUUCCGCGAAGUUUUCAAAGCGCUGGCGGAAAGCGAUGAAGGGAAGCUGCAUGUGCUCAGAGUUAUGUAUGAAGUGUGGAAGAAUCAUCCACAGAUGAUCGCUGUGCUGGUGGAUAAGAUGAUUCGCACCCAGAUUGUGGAUUGUGCUGCAGUGGCAAACUGGAUUUUCUCUCCAGAGCUGGCUCAUGAUUUCACUAGGUUUUAUAUCUGGGAAAUCUUACACUCAACAAUCCGUAAGAUGAACAAGCAUGUGGUGAUGAUCCAAAAAGAGCUAGAGGAGGCCAAAGCGAGAUUAGCCAAACAGCACAAACGUCGAGACAGUGAUGAUGAUGACGACGACGAUGAUCGAAGUAGUGACAGGGAAGAUGGACCCCUCGAAGAGCAGAUAGAACGCCUGCAAGAAAAAGUUGAAUCGGCUCAAAGUGAACAAAAAAACCUCUUCCUUGUAAUAUUCCAGCGCUUCAUUAUGAUCCUUACGGAGCACUUAGUGCGAUGUGAAACAGGAGGCACUGAUGUGAUUACACCUUGGUACAAGAACUGUAUAGAGAGGCUGCAGCAGAUCUUCUUACAACAUCACCAGAUCAUCCAUCAGUACAUGGUGACGUUGGAGAACCUUCUCUUCACAGCAGAAUUGGAUCAUCAUAUAUUGGCUGUAUUUCAGCAGUUCUGUGCAUUGCAGGCCUGAGAGACUUCGUUUUUGUACAGGACUUAAUUGACUUCACCUUUUUAAAACAAAAAUGGGGAAACUGAUGAGGGAAGAGAAGGAACGAAGCUUUUAAUUGGAAACCAAGCUGUUGUAGAUAAGCUACACGGCACUCAAACGGGGCAACUCUUUUAGCAGUAGAGGCCUAACUCUUGUUUUACGACUGCUAGGUGACUGGGAUGGAAUAAUGUGUGGAUUUCUAAUUUUGAAAUGGUUUGAAUGCUGGCUUCAUCGUGGCAUUUGUUUUGUCCCCUUCUGUUGUUGGUAUAAAAAUAAAAAAUAGGGAAUAAAUAGGAUUUGGUUACCUUUGCUUGGCCCUUACAUAAUAAUGAAUUCCCUCAUUAUAAUAAUGUGAAGCAAGCAUCAAGACUUGUGAAUCUGAAGAGCAGCUUCCCAAUGAGUAACAUUAAACUCUCUGAGGGACAGAAGCAUAGGACAUAUGAAAUGCUAAACAGGUCAAGCGUCCAAAGUAGCCUAGAGUAUAUGUUUGUUAUCAAAAUAAAUUUUCAUGGUUGUAUGAAACAUGGUUGAAAUACAAUCAGAAUAUGUUUUUUAAAUCUGCCUGUUGUGCUUAUUUUGGAUUGCAACGAAUAGAUGAACGUAUAUUUGGGUCGCAAACAUCCUGUAAGAAAUAACUACAAUACAUAACAAUUUCUUAGUGUUGGUUACAGAUAGGUAGCCAU